GGAAGCAGGGGAUCAGAGGCAGGUUCCUGGCACACCGGUCCUGAGAAGCUGUCGGUGCAUUGGUGAGCUCGGUUUGAGAAACAAACGCGAGAUUUUUCAUCAUCUGCAAAAAGGGAAGCUGCCUUCAGAUCUACUGAGGAAUCUUCGCUUUAUGCUGAGAUAAUCUGUAUGGAAUAAGGGACACCAACUAAAUCAAGCACACAAGAAGAAAUGGCAGAGAGCAGGAAGGUUUUUCAUGUCUUCUGGCUGCUGCUGGCGGUGCUCCAGAUCGCUGCACCUUCUUCAGCACAGAACAACACGACCUCCGUGGCUAACACUGUCACCACCUUGACUCCAAAGACUAAAGCCAUCUCCAGCUAUCGGACUCUUCCAAUUGAUGUUAAAGUGGCUGUGGGCGAACCUGCCGAGUUUAGGUGUGGAGUAUCUGAAGCAUCUCAGAACCUCACGUUCUCCCUCUACAGUGGUCAUGGAAACUACACCCUCACCUGCCCCAACGGAAAGGUGGAGGACAUCCCCCAGGCUCUAUAUGGAAGCUGUGAAGUGAAAAAUGGUGAACUGGUGGCUGUUUGGACCCUCAAGGGAACCUCCUACUCUGACAAUGAAGCACGAGUCGUUUGCCAUCAGUCAAACGCUCCAGAUGAGUGUGCUGCUGUCCUGCGUGUCUACGAUAAUGGUGCCAGCUACGCUACCCUCGUCGGAUGUUUGAUUGGAGGAUUCUUUGGGGUCCUUUUAGUUUUCGGACUCAUUUUUCUCCUGCUGCCGAAAUCCAUGACGAUUCAGAACUGCCUUGGUGAAGAUGACACCGAAGACGACAUGGAUAAAAUCGUAAAAGAGUGAAGGAAAAUACGAAAGUGAAGUUUACAGAAAGAAAACUACAUACAUCAUCCAAUUAUCACUACUAAAUCCAGUUUAACUGAGGUGACGGCCAGGCUAACCAUAUUAUGUAUUUCUCUGACAGAAUCACGUCUUUCUUCCACGACAUACAUCUUUGUCAAAAUAUACUACUGCUGUGCGCAGUCACCAAUUUGCAGUACCAGAUUUCUUCCACGUGAGGGCAGCACUCGUAAAGCUAGUUUGCCAUCCACAGAAUGUGAAUCACAAACUGCAAAAGUAAAAACGGUGCAUGUUGCUUCUCUAAACCGACAGCUGAAGUUGAUAACAUUAUUUUGGAUUUGGCUUGAGUCUAAUAAUAAUCUAAUCAGAACCUAAACGAAUUUGUCUGUCAUAUUUUCGGUUUUCAGAAUCAGUUUCAGGUCAUUUUAAUAUAGUUUGAUACACAUUCAAACCAACAGAGGCUCACCAACACAUUUUUUGUACACCUAUUCAUCUAGGUGUUUUCUUUUUGUUUAAUCACACACAUCGCAGAACAUUUAAGGAGCCAUGUAAAAAGUUUAGUGUAUUUGCCAAGAACACAUUAACAACACAUUAAUAACACAGGAAAUCCCUUGGAAGAUGGCCUCUCCUUCACUUCAGUCACAACUGCCAAACACAGAUGUGGAUAUUAUCCUAGUUUUAUUACCCAUGAUGUGGGCUACUUAUUUUCCUCUUCUUUUUUUCAUUUAAUAUUAAUCCAGUACACAAAAUGAUCUUCUUAUUGUGAUUGUUGAUCCUGUCCAGUCACUUUGUUCCUUCAGCAUCGUUCGUGGUGUAGGCUGUCCACAAAACACAAAUAAAGACUAAUUUCCUACA